AUGUUGGAGGACAUAGCCAGGUCGCUCACUCGACUGCGCAUCGCUUCUCUGAAAUCCCAGGUCAUCAGCAACAGCCACCAGCCGCACAUCGCACGACGCCGCCGUAGCAACAGAGUGACAGCUGUGCAGUGCAGGCUUCUCAGUAUGUCGUACGGAACCGCCAAAGAGCCCGAGCCUGAGAGCAGGGCGUGGCUCAUGGGGAAGGAGGCGUUCGAGACGAAAAUGCCACAUCAUGAAGGCAUCAAAGCCCUGUGGGAGACCAAGUGGAGAUUUCCGUGCACCAAAAGCGUGUACCCUUUCCAUGACGGUCAGUACGAAGACUUUGUGGAUGUCUUCGAGCACCUCAUCAGGUACAACAUCAACGACGGCACAUCGAGACCGUAUACUGAAGCUUUCUUUCCCAACGCUGCCCGUCUCAUUGCUAGAGGUGACAAGGCCGCGGCGGCUGGUGACCCUAAGCAAGCAAGCCAGUUCUACCUUCGCGCUUGUGUUCUUUACCGCAUCGCUCGUUUUCCCUACAUCACAGCCUUCCCAGAUAUCAGCUGCCCCAUCAAGUGGAAGGCGUGGCAGUGGCAGAAGGAGACAUAUCUCAAAGCUGCCAGCGCGUGGGAGUGCCCGGUAGAAGAGGUUGAGAUCCCGCAUCGGCGUAAGCAGGGACGCGACAGGGCGAGUAUACCUGUGUAUGUUCGGCUGCCCCAAUCGACGGAUUCUCAGCGCCAGCCCUGUCCCGUCGUCUUGCUCAUGACUGGUCUGGACGGCUACAGGCCCGACAACACGCUGCGUUGCGACGAGUUCUUGUUACGAGGAUGGGGUAGUGUCGUCGUCGAGAUCCCGGGCACAGCGGACUGUCCUGCUGAUUCGGCUGACCCAGACAGCCCUGAUCGGUUGUGGAGCAGUGUGCUCGACUGGAUGGCAGCGGACGGCCGGUUCGAUAUGGGCAAGGUGAUGGUCUGGGGACUCAGUUCGGGCGGCUACUAUGCUGUUCGCAUCGCGCACACGCACAAGGAGCGGCUCAUCGGCUCGAUUGCGCAGGGAGCCGGAUGCCAUUACUUUUUCGAUGAAGAGUGGUUGGACAAGGCCGAUGGGCACGAGUAUCCGUUUCAAUUGACGCCGGCUAUGGCUAUGAAGCACGGUUACGAGACUGUGGCGGAGUACAAGACGGGGGUGCAGAAGAAGUUCUCGCUUCUUGACACAGGAAUCCUACAGCAGCCUUCAACCAGGCUCCUUUUGAUCAACGGUACACAAGAUGGCUUGAUGCCAAUCGAGGAUUCCAUCAUGCUGUUUGAGUACGGAACGCCCAAAGAGGCUAGGUUCUUCCCGGGAGCGUUGCACAUGGGAUACCCGAUGGCCAAUGGGUCUGUAUACCCUUGGAUGGAGAAAGUCAUGGCUUCCAAAGCUUGA